AUGUAAAAUUAAGAGUCUUAUCAAGAAGCAAGAUUACUAUUAAGCAAAAAUUUAGAAAAAGGUCGUGCUAAAUUAAGUGCUGAAGAAAAAUUAAAAUGUGAUAUUGCAUAAGCUAUCAUUUAUGAACAUGAUUAAAAAAGAUUAUAAGCUGCUUCCAUUUACUAUAAUCUUAGUUAAAAGUUACCAAUCUAUUUGGAAAGAGCUAUCAUUAAUGGAUUGACUGCCCCAGCCUCUGCAAAGAGAUAAGCAUUAUUAUUGACAAUCUUUAGAGACAGUAGAAGUUAAAAAUCAAAAUGGCUUCCAUUUUUAAAAUCAAAGUAUUUUGAUUUCAUUUCCAAUAUUCUAGUGUACAAUAAGUUUUAUUGAAAUGGACUGAUAUUGAAAACUUUGCCUAAGAUACUAAAACUAAUGCUAGUUUAUUUUGUGAACAUAUUAUUACAGCCAUUAGUAGAUUUUAUAGUAACAUCUCUAUAUAGAAGUUGGCUCAGUAUUGUAAAUUGAAGGAGGAUUAAGCUUAUGAACUUUUAGAGAACAUGAUUAUCACUGAGAGAUUACAAGCAUAAAUAGAUUAAUAAUAAGGAUAUAUAUACUUUUAACAUACAGAAUAAUGUACAAUAGAAGAAUUCUGUACAAAUUUAUAUAGUAUAUGCUAAUGA